CAAUUUCAGGAUUCUAACGUGAAAAAGGAUGUUGACAUUGGAGUUGUUGACGGAAAGCUUAAAUUUUCUGUGUUGAUCGAUCAGCAUCUUAGUCAUGAAGCAUAUACUAAUCAAAAAAUGGAGAGAAAAGUUGCAGGAUUAUCUAUAUCUGUUUUAAAUAAUCAAUUUAGCAGUCUUAUAUCAUACCUUUCUUCAAACGAAUCUACUCGUCCUGGGUUAGCAGAAAUUUCAACAGAAAAUGUGAGUUUAGUACAUCCAGCUAUGCAAGAAGGAUUUGGAAUUGGGUGA